CAAUAGAAAGAAACCCCGUAUUAAUAAAAAAUGUGCGCUGUAACUUUAAGUUUUGCGACGUGUCGUACACGCGCUCUGCCGUAAACGCUCGCAUGGAGACAACAUGGAUGCCUCAGACUUUGCUGCAGAUGAAUCUACUUUUCGUGGAGUCGUUUGGUACAUUGUGAACCAUUAUUGAUGUUUUUUUUCUCGCCUCUCUGCUGUGGUCAUUCUUAGAGAACACAAACAGCAGAUGCUGUCCUGAAAAACAAGCGACUCGUCGUGUUGUCGGUCUGCAUCAUGUUUGUGUUGGUGGAGAUGGUCGACACUGUCAGGAUCCCUCCGUGGAACUUCCAGAGACAACUCAACGAGGCUGUAGCCGAGGAGCUCAACAAGAAACUGGCCAACAAGGUGGUCUACAAUGUUGGCCUCUGCAUCUGCUUGUAUGACAUCACUAAACUGGAGGACUCCUAUAUAUUCCCAGGGGACGGAGCCUCACACACCAAAGUUCAUUUCAGAUAUGUGGUUUUUCACCCUUUCCUCGAUGAGAUCCUGGUCGGCAAGAUCAAGUACUGCAGUCAGGAGGGAGUUCACGUGACAAUGGGCUUCUUUGAUGACAUUCUCAUUCCACCAGAGUCGCUUCAGCAGCCUGCAAAAUUUGAUGAAGCAGAGCAAGUUUGGCUCUGGGAGUAUGAGACGGAUGAGGGGACCCACGACCUCUACAUGGACCAGGGAGAGGAGAUCCGUUUUCGGGUGACAGAUGAAGUCUUCGUGGAUACGUCGCCGACGGGCCCGGCCACUGCAGCAACAGACACACCAACUCAACCCGGACAGCCGACGGCACCACCAGCAGAGGACGGCGGGGAGAAGAAAGAGGCACCAUACACUCUGAUUGGGACCAUCUGUGAGCCGGGGCUUGGGCUGUUGUCAUGGUGGAACAGUUAGCGCUGCAGAAGAAGAAGAGGAUAUCUGGGUGUCAGGAACAGACUGACCGUCAUGACCGAUCGGAAGAGAUGAGGGACGAUCAGCUGGAGACACAGAACCCUGUUGUUUCAGUGUGGAAGUCAAGAGAGAAAGUGAAACUGCUCUCUGUUGGUGCAGAAGUGACGGAUGUACACACUGUCAUGCUGAGAUGGAUUGUUUAGUAAAUACUGCCCUUAAUAUACCAGCUUCAUGUUUACAUGAAAAACUGACCAUAUGAAGUAGGUGCUGUUUAAAAAUCUGUAAUUUUUCAUGGAUGAAUAAGUGUGUGGCUCAUGAAAUAAGAACAUUGAGUUUGAAGGUGACAGAAAAAAGGCAGUGACAUUUUUUAACAGUGAAUAAACUGUGUCAGAUGUGUAAUGUGAUUGUGUUGUUCCAGAUUUAAGAUCACAUGGCAGCAAUAAAUAUUUUUUUUUCCA